CGAACAUCCUAACUACCGACCGUCUUUGACAGAAACGCGACGAUCCGAUCCGAUGCGCUAAGCGCUGCCUCACCUCAGCUUCGCCAAACCCAUUUUCUUCAAAGCCAAACCUUUCUGCAUCGAGUUGUUGGGGAUUGUAACGAAGCCCUCUUGUGCUCUCUCCCACUGGUUCAUCACCAUGGAAUCUCCAUUUAUUGGUGUCUAGGGUCUAGUUGUUUUUCCGAUCCAUCCGAAUCACGUUUAUUUAAUGGCUUCGUGGCUCAGAGCCGCAGAAGGUGUGAAUCUUCUGGCCUCAAUUUUCCUUCUGCAUUGGGGUGAUUGAUUUUAUAUUUUAAGUCUCGUUAACUGUCUAUUAGAAUUUUCAGUAGGAAAUGAAAUGUGGGAGCUUGGAGGAAUCAAAUUGGAAUUUGUUAAGCUUAAUUAUUUGAAAGGUUUCACUCUUUGGGUUUUAGUUCAUUGGUUUGGAAGCAACUCCUUAGAUAGAGGGAGCUCUAGGAAUGCUAUUAACCUUUGGUCAGGUAUGAUUUAAGGGAAAUUCUACGUACUAUACUCCCAUCUUAUUUUUAUCACAAUGUGGGGUGGCAUUGUCCAUCAAAUUUUGAGUUUUUCUUUAAGACAAUUAAAAGAUGAUCCAAAGGUUAUAAAAGUGCCACAUUUUAUACAGUGAGAUGGAAGCGUGGAAUGUAGCAUUACUCAUGAUUUUAUUUACAUGAACGAAAGUGCAUUGCUUUGGAAUAGGCAAUCUGUAUCUUGGUCUGCUGGGAUCUCAGCUUUAUUUGGUAAAACUUUUGUUCUUGGGGCAUUCUUUGUCUUCAAUCACUGUUAUGGAUUUGUUAAUACCUCGCUUGGUAUCACUUUUGGAUGGCUCGAGCAACAACCCAACUGCAAAAUGCAGAUUUGUUUGAAGUUGUAGAUCGAAGAGCAAAGCUAGUUGUCAACGACUUGUCUGACGAGCAAUCUGAUACUCAGUCAGCAGCUGCUAAUGGACAAGGAUCUCAAGCCAAGAGGAAGCCGAAGACAAAGUCCCAAAAGAGAGUCCCCAUAAUUGAAUCUGAUACUUCAGAGAAUCAAACUAGGACUUUUACAUCACAAGUAGAUGUGACACCUGAAAAAACUACGGCUGCUCGGUUAGUUGAAAAUGACAGGACUCCUAUUGAGUCUGUUGCCCAAACAAACAACAGCCAGCAGCAGAAUUUCGAAAAACAUCCCCCCAUUGCGGGCAUUCCUUUAACAGAGACCCUAAUUAGUGAUGUGAUUGAACACGAUGCUGAUCAUAUUGAAGUCCACUCAACUAUUACUGAUGCGGAAGUUGUCUCAUCAUCUUCAAAUGGUGAGCCCAUCAGCAAGAAUGCUCCAGGUGUUCAUAGAGAACAUCCUCCUCUGUCAUUACCUGACAAAAGAGGUGAGAUUGUUAAUGUAGAUCAUCCAAAUGAUGCUGUCCAAGGUAUCAAAUCUAGAGACACAGAUGUUUCUUUGAAGACCGACCAAGAGAAAUCUCAAUCUGUGUAUAUUGAUUCCCACGGUACUAGUGAUACUCAACUGAAAGAUGUUGAUAUCAAGGUUGAACCUCUUGUCAAUCAAAAAAGACAACAGGAUCUUAAAGCUGAUGAUUCUCUGAUCAAAGUACAGGACCAACUUGAAGAGGCUCAGGGACUGCUUAAAACUACAGUUUCCACCGGUCAAUCUAAAGAGGCAAGGCUAGCUCGGGUCUGUGCUGGACUCUCAUCCCGUCUUCAAGAAUACAAAUCUGAGAAUGCACAGCUAGAGGAAUUUCUCAUUGCUGAGAGAGAACUUGCUAAAUCAUAUGAGGUUCACACAAAGCAGCUGCAGCAAGAUCUGUCUGAAUCCAAAAGUGAAGUGUCAAGGGUGGAGUCAAAUAUGGGUGAGGCCUUGGCAGCAAAGAACUCUGAAAUUAAGGCACUUGUUGGUUCUCUUGAUGCACUUAAUAAACAAACUGCCUUGUCUGAAGGAAAUCUGGCUUCAUUGCAGGCAAACACGGAGUCUAUAAUGAGGAGUAGGGAACUCACAGAGACGAGGAUGAUGCAGGCUCUACGGGAGGAACUGGCAUCUGUAGAACGGAGAGCAGAAGAAGAGCGUGCUGCACAUAACGCUACCAAACUGGCUGCUAUGGAAAGAGAAGUAGAAUUAGAACAUAGAGGAGUUGAGUCAUCCACUGCCCUUGCAAGGAUCCAGAGAGUAGCAGAUGAGAGGACAGCAAGGGCGGCAGAGCUUGAGCAGAAGGUGACACUGCUUGAGGUUGAAUGUGCAUCUUUAAAUCAAGAACUACAAGAUAUGGAAGCUCGUGCUUGUCGUGGACAAAAGAAGUUGCCAGAAGAGGCAAAUCAAGUAAUUCAGGCAUGGCAGGAAGAAGUUGAACGUGCACGCCAAGGUCAGAGAGAUGCUGAGAGCAAAUUUUCUUCUUUGGAGGCUGGAGUGCAGAAAAUGAGGGUAGAAAUGGCUGCAAUGAGAAGAGACGCUGAGCAUUAUUCACGCCAGGAGCACAUGGAGCUGGAAAAACGCUACCAGGAACUAACUGAUCUACUGUACCACAAGCAAACACAGUUAGAGGCCAUGGUUAGUGAAAAAGCUGCAGCAGAGUUUCAAUUGGAGAAGGAAAAGAAGCGUAUUCAAGAAGUGCAGGUUGAGGCUGAAAGAAGUAGGGUGUUCCAUAGGGCAUCAUCAUCUUGGGAAGAAGACACUGAAAUGAAAGCACUCGAAAUUGCGCGGGAACAGGAUGCUUUGGUGGCUGAUUUGAGGGAAAUUACUAAUGGCUCACAGUAGUGGAAUGUCAGUUUCAUUAGGGUGGCACAUGAUCGGGAGGUUGGUGCCUUUGUUGAAUUCUUUAACUUGUGAUACAGUGGUGGAUAAGUUUGUUUGGACUCCUUGUAAAGGAAACUUUUAUGUACGCUCUUUCUAUGAGGUUCUCACUACUCAAGCUAGUAAUCACUUUCCUUGGAAGCAUUUGGAGGAGUAAACCGCCUCUUAAGGCUGCUUUUUUUUGUUUGGACUUCAUCCUUAGGGAAGAUCCUGACCAUUGACAACCCAAGGAAACGUGGGUUUAUCCUUAUUGAUUGGUGUUGUAUGUGCAAAAAUAGUGGCGAAACAGUGGAUCAGUUACUUCUACAUUGUGAAUUUGCAAGGGCCUCAUGGAAUUACUUUUUCAGCAAAAUGGGAUUAGCAUAGGUUAUGCUGGGGUGGGUGGUUGACCUACUAGCUAGCUGGAGAGGGAUCAAGGGGAUACCACAAAUUGCAGCUGUGUGGAAGAUGGCUUCCAUUUGUCUACUGUGAUGCAUUUGGAGGGAAAUGAAUGACUGAAGUUUUGAGAUUUGAGAGUGCUCUUUGGAAGAGUUCAAGAGUUUUUUCUGGAAGACUUUAUUUAUGUUGGUGUUAUAGACUUUAAUGGUCUCAACUUUCAUGAUUUCGUUCUAUCCAUUUCUAGUUCCUAACUAGGUGUAAUCUCAUGUAUACUUUCCGCGUACUUGGACUAUGCCUACUUUAAUAUCAAUAAAAUAUCUUCUUGUAAAAAACAAAAAUGAUUGUCUAUAGUUAAUAGGUAUGCAAGUGUCACUAUCAUGUGUGCAGCAGUUUGUCUCAAUUACAGUUUUAUCGUUCAUUCUUGGAAAUUUUCUUAUGAAU